AUGGAUACAAAUACUGGUAUAAGAAGGCCUUAUGAAUAUUACAAUGUAGCCAUAUACUGUACAUUAUCUUGUUUAUUUUUUCAUAUUUUGGAAAGUAUUCCUACGGAAUAUGUACUACUUUCAUUUUUACCUAAGAGAAUAAGAGAAAAGAUUAAUGAAGAAUUAAAAAAGAAAGAAAGAAUUAAGGCGAAACAUCUACGUAUCCGUGGAAUAGCGUUUAUUCAUGCUAUAAUAUCUAGUUUACUUGGAUUAUAUACUUUGUUAUUACCUACAGUCCGAGAUAAUCCCUACGGCUCAACUCCUUCAUCGUGGAUUUAUAUUGGUACAUUUUCAUUGGGAUACUUUCUAUGGGAUAUAAUCAUAAUAUUAAGGCAAUGGAGGCAAAAUAAUGAUUCAAAUGUAUGGCUAUUUCAUGGAAUAGUUUCAUUUAUUGCAUUAUUUAAUUCAUAUAUUAUACAAGAACAAUGUUUAAUAGGUCUACUUGCUAGUGGAAUGGUAACAGAACUAUCAACUAUCUUAUUAAGUAUAAAAUAUUGCUAUUAUAAUGCUGGUGACAACGAAUCUAGGUCAUGCAAGGUUAUUAGUUAUUUGUUUGUGCUAACAUUCUUUUUAACAAGAAAUGUUCUACUUCUCUACCAGAUAAACAUUGAGCUCUAUAGAGCAUACCAAUUUGCUCCAUCAUAUAGGUCAAAAGUUUAUAUAUGGUUCUUUUUCCCUAUAGGUGAACUGUUUAAUUUGUUAAAUAUUUAUUGGCUAAUUAAAAUUAUAACUGUAACAAAGAAAUCAAAGAGAAGGUAA